AUGUCCCUGGGUUCACUCGAAGUGUACAGCGAGACACAUACUCCCUCGUUGCCCCUGAGUCUCAAGUCUGGCAGCCUCACCCAAGAUGCGGUCAAGGCCAACUUUGCCAUGUUCUUUGCCAAACUGGGCCUGAACUCCACAGGCACAUCCCCAGCGACCGGGGUCGAGAGGUUUAUUUUUGUGCUGGGCGGAGAGCUGACACUGGAUGUCGUCGGAGAAAAUGCUCCCGUGCAGCUGACCUAUAAUGACUAUGCCUACCUCCCGCCCGGUCAGGAGCACAGCCUGUCAACAUCCAGUGAGGCCAGCCUCCUGGUCUUUGAGCGGCGCUAUGCAGGGCAGGUGAACCUGGGUGCCGGGCGAGGUGUUCCGUCUGCGCAAGCUGGUGCCCCAGACCCCGCGUACGACUUCAACAUCCACAUCAUGGACUUUUCGCCGGGCGAGCACCUGAACGUCAAGGAGAUGCACUACAACCAGCACGGCCUCCUGCUGCUGGCGGGAAAGGGCAUCUACCGCCUCAACGAGGACUGGCACGCCGUCCAGGCUGGGGACGUAAUCUGGAUGGCGCCCUACGUGCCCCAGUGGUAUGCGGCGCUGGGCACGCAGCCCACGCGCUACCUCAUCUACAAGGACACCACCCUAGACCCGCUGGAGACGCCGUGGCUAGGCCAGGGCGCCGCCGCGUCGGCCUGCGGCUGCGCCGCGCGCAGCUGCAACGCGGCAUGA